UGCUAGGAUUAAUUGAUGUAUACAUUAUAGGUACUAUACUUAUACUUUGUAAUUCUUGUUCUGAACAGUUUUAAAGGGUUUUAUUAUAUUUUUCUUACACAAAAAUAGUUCCGUAGUCCUCAGUGUCUUUUCACUCCUUGAAAGGUUGCCGUUCAUGAACCAUUUCACCUUGGGAAGUCAUCUUCAAUUAGCUAGAUUUCAGCAAAUGUGCAGCUGUGCUCUCUGAUGUGCUGCUUCCUGCUAGUGCAGAUACAGUAGGGAUGGAUACUUGAAUAACGCGCUCAGGUAUUUAUGUGUUCCAUCUCCAGACCAUGUGUUUUUGAAGAGUCAAGGGAAACCCGCCUACUUCUGGCCAUCAGAAAGAUCAGGGAAGAGAAAUAUAUCUUUCAAAAUCACAGUGUAUUUUCAGAAAAGACUUUAAUGCCAAAUUAGAACAAUAAACGUAGAAGUUGCUUAACCUGAAUGUAGAACCAUCUUGAACUUUUUAGAGAACUUACUUUAGUCAGACCAUACAGCACCAAGGAUGAGGUCAAAGUGCAACAGUGAUCUGACGUAUAGUGUGGCCUGUAGAUUGAGAGGAAACAGUUCAUUGCUUCCUCAGAAAGGCCGCUCGACCAGGGCAAAUGGGAUUUUUUCUAUCAAGAACUAACUUAUAUGACUUGGGUAGAGGGUGGGGAUGUUGGAAGGUUUGCUUUCUUUGACUAAUACCACCGAAGCCUUUACCCCAGCGUGUAUGGGAAAUGAGAUAAAAACAGAUAUAUAGACUCACCUGGGAUGUACAUUUUCUACAGAUAUCUGGGAGCACUAUUAAAGUGGCUUUUUAAAUGGCUUUUUUACACAAGUUGCUCUACCUUGAAGGCCACACUAAACAAACAAAAGAAUAAACAGAAUCCAGGAGAGACUUCUUCUAAACUGUCUAAGAAAGACACUGAACUUUAGGCUUUCAGAAACACAGUGUUUAUUCCAUUUACAUCACAAAAAAGGGAAUACCUAACUACUUUAAAGAUGUAUUAAAUUUUCGUAAGUUCCCCGUGUUGUGUUUUAUUAUUUGCUUUACCAGCCUUGCCUCUAACUGCACCUCUGUCCCUCUCCAGUGAUUAGUAGUAAGCCCUCCCCUGGAUGUGUGUGUGAAGAGCAGGGAGGAAGGGAUUAUGUUGUGAUGUGAACACUGAAAGGGAGGACAUGGGGAAUGUAAAUCCUUGGCUCAACAAUGUCCUGAAUCCCAUAUGACAGUUAACUACUAGGAAUACAAAUGUCUAUCUUGCUUUUAAGGAGAUGGCAAGAAUCAACAAUUAUAGUUCAGUAUAGUGUUUUGAGAGAAGUAAGCAGAGGAUGCUAUGGGAGAAGAAGUGAAAGGCAAACUGUCUUAGCCAGGAGGGGAAUUGAACAGGCUGAAGAUGACCUGUACUGAAUGCUGAAAGAAAGAGGACUGGCCUGGUGAAAAUAGGGGAAGGGGAAUUGGCUGUUUCUGGGCAGAGAAAAGGAGAUUCAGAAGUACCAAGACAUGAAUUAACAUGAAAUAAUGAGGCUUGUGGGAAACCCUGAAGUAUGAGAAAUAAGAAUAAUGGACUGGGGAAGGAGUUUACCAGAAGUAAAAGAACAUGUACAAUGCAUCUUGCACAGAAAGGAAGCAAUUUUCUAGACUCUGAAAUAUUUUUGUUUAUUCAGUUGCUAGUCCUCCAAAGAAAAACUCUUUAUCUGGCUAGUCAAGCUAAGACAAAGGUCGCAAAGAUUUUCUUUUGUUUCUUGUUAGUCCAUGUAAAGAAGAAAGAGUAUUUUAUCAAAUUGUUUUUUCUACUGAGCUUGCCUUUAGUCACCUAAAAUGUAACGUUUAACUUAAAUCUGUUAUAAAGACUUAACAGGUUGGAUAAUUGCUUGAAGGCACGACAACAAGGUUAGUAUAGAAUAUAUAGUUGUUUAAAAAUAUCUAAUAAACAUAAAUGAACUUUUAAAAUAAGUGUUCUCUGCUUUUCUCCGUUCCUCUUUCCCACCUAAAUUUGAGUCCUUGUGAUUCAUACAUUAUAAAUGCUCAGGGUAGUUUUUUGUUUUGAAGAAGAAAAAUCAGAGAGAGAAAAAUUGGGAGCAGUGUUUCAUAAUAUAUUGCAACUAUUCACAGCUGCUUGAAAAAUAUUUAAUUGAUUUGGAAAGUCACAGUAUAUUAAGUAAAAGAGAUACAGAACUAUGUACAAUGUGGUCUUGUUUAUAUAACUAUAUUUGUUUAAAUACAUUUGUUUAAACUUGUUUAUUAUAUAGCUAUAACUAUAGAAACAUUUGCAUAAGAACAUUCGCAUAAACAUUUCCCCCUGUAGUUAUAUGCAUGCAUACAUAAUAUUCUAAAGAGAUUUGGGUGAAGAUUUGGGCUGUGGCUGUCUCUUGGAUUGCAAGUCAUUUUAAGUUUUCUUUAUUUUUUCAAUUGUUAUUCCAGAUUUUCUGCAAGAAGCAUGUAUUUUAUAAUUCAAUAAACUGAUAUUUUUAAAUAAAUAUUGUUUUACAAUGAUGUAGAGAAAUGAUAGAAGGGGACCAGACUGAGGUAGAUGCCAGUUGUUUUAUGACUGAUAGAGUAAUCCAAAUGAGAAAUGUGGGGACCAGAAUGCAGGGAUGAUGACAGAUUUAAGAGAGAUUUAACAAAGCAGAACCAACAGAAGUUGGAGAUGUGGAUGCAUGAUAGGGAGGGUAGAGAAUAAGUGCGGCAAGGGAGUACUCUAAGAUGACGGGUUGAAUGAUUGUGCCCUGAACAGGAAAUACAGCUGACUAACAGGUUUGGAGAGAGAAGUCGAAGAGGUUUUUUUGGGACUGUUGGGUUUGAGAUGCCUGGGGACCUCUAAACAAGCAGGGUCGGUAGACUACAGGAUACAGGUCUGGAAACAGUGAUAACAGUUGAGAACACAGGUUUGGGAGCCAUGAUAUAUAAUUGUUAAUUGUUUUUAUAAGGAAUCCCAUGGAUGGUGUACAGAGAAGUACUCUGAAAUGAGGAGGAAGCUCCAGGAAAGGGUGAGGAUGCUAAGAGCAAGGAGGAAAUUAGAGAGAGUGUAACUUAGAGAAACCAAGGGAAGAGAAUUUCAAAAGGAAAUAGACAUGGCCAAAGAUGAGAAAUUUCAGGUAAGAUUAAAGACAGUGCUCUUUGGGUUACUAUUUAAGAUCUUGUAUGAGCUUAGUGAAGGGUUUUUGGUGGAGUGCUUCAAGUGGAAGGCAGAUUGCAAGUUUGAGGAGGGCACAGGAAGAUCAGAAGUUGAAUCAGUGAAUGUCGAUUACCCUCUCAGGAAGCACAGGUUUUGUAAACGAAGAGUGGCGUCCCAUAACUACACAGGGACAUAGACAACUUUAUAUCUCCAAGACUCCGCUUCCUCAUGGAUAAAAGGAGGAAAAUAAUGCCCGUCUAGCAGUGGUGUCAUGAGGAUUAAAAUCUGUUACUAACUAAAUGUGCUUAUGUCCUUUCACUGAAUCAAUUUGUUGUUCUAAUCACCGUGUUUUCAUUUUCAUAAUAUCUUAAGCAUCAAAGUCAGGUGAAUAACAGAAGCAUGGAGUUGAUUGACUUUGCAUUUCCCUAGCUCAAGUUUUUUGGUUGUACACACUUGAGUUUGACCUCAGAAAAUAUUAAUAUAUCAUUCCUUUAGCACUUAGAACAAGGACAGUUUAAGUUUGGUCUGGGCAUAAUUGGAGGCAGAACGUUUCUUGUCACCUCACCUUACAAACCAAAGAAAUGGCCUAAAAUGGAGAUUCUAGGAGCAAGUGUCACUUGCUUUGUGGAUCAUCUUGACCCACUGAGAAUUCCUGUUGUGGAUUAGUUCAAUAUUCAAACAUUUCUUUAGCUCCAACUUUUGAAAUCUCUAGCCACUUUUCAUGUUUUAAAUUGAAGAUUUCAAGGGAGCAGAUGAGUCUGUGCUUAAAUGAAGUCACAUAGCCGUGGAUGUGACGUAAUAAUUGUUGCCAGCUCAUAGGGACAUAGGAAGAAGCAGGAAAUGCUCAGUCCACACAGCAGGUGCAGGAAGCAGGUAACUACCUUGAUUUAUUCUAGACAAAUCCAAGACUCACAUUCCCCAAGAAGGCAGUGAUAGAGGCUACAACCCAGGGCUCCUCGCUCAAGCUGCCAAAAGCUCUACAGCUGAAAAAGCUGCAAUUGAGAGGGACGCUCUGGUGGCCCAUUCUGUUCCUUCUGGAGUUGACUUACAAUUGUGUUGGAGGGAAAAAAUCAUAUAGUCUCUUUUCACACUGUUUAAAUCACAGGAAGAAGCAGCUUUAAGAAAAAUUAAAGUAAAAAAGACUGUUGUUAUUUCCAUGGAACUCCGCCUUCAGAACUCUUCAGCAAGAUAGAUUGAACCAAAAUGACAACUGCUCAGUUUGAUUGUCAAUACUGCACAGCAUCACUUCUUGGGAAAAAGUAUGUACUAAAGGAUGAUAAUGCAUACUGUGUUUCAUGUUAUGAUCGCAUCUUUUCCAACUAUUGUGAGGAGUGCAAAGAACCAAUUGAAUCAUAUUGCAAGGAUCUUUGUUACAAAGGUCUGCACUGGCAUGAAAGAUGCUUCAAUUGCGCCAAAUGCAAUCACUCUUUGGUGGAAAAGCCUUUUGCUGCCAAGAAUGAGCGUCUGCUGUGCUCGGAGUGCUAUUCUAAUGAGUGCUCCUCCAAGUGCUUCCACUGCAAGAAGACCAUCAUGCCUGGUUCCCGCAAAAUGGAAUUUAAGGGACACUCCUGGCAUGAAACGUGCUUUGUGUGUGAGUAUUGCCGACAGCCAAUAGGAACAAAACCUUUGAUUUCCAAUGACAGCGGCAAUUACUGUGUGCCGUGUUUUGAGAAGGAGUUUGCUCACUACUGCAGCUUUUGUAAGAAGGUGAUAACUUCAGGUGGGAUAACAUUUCGGAACCAGCCAUGGCAUAAAGAGUGUUUUCUGUGUAGUGGCUGUAGGAAAGAGCUCUGUGAAGAAGAGUUUAUGUCCAGAGAUGAUUAUCCUUUCUGCCUGGACUGCUACAACCACCAUUAUGCCAAAAAGUGUGCAGCCUGCAGCAAACCCAUUACUGUUGACUCUUCACGCGUCUUCAAAGAAAGAAGUUUCACUGCAAACCCAGGUCUCAGAGGUGCCAAGUUUAUCUGCUUUCAAGACCGCCAGUGGCACAGCGAAUGCUUUAACUGCAGGAAGUGUUCAGUCUCUUUGGUCGGGGAAGGCUUCCUGACCCAAAACCAGGAAAUCUUCUGCCGCAAAUGUGGUUCCGGGGUAGACACUGACAUCUAGAACAAGACAGUCCUUCCCCGCCUGAUAUCCACCUUGCUUUUGUGCUCAUUAAAUCCAGAACGCUGUUGAAGUAGUAUUUCUGACUUAAGCUUUAGAAAAUUUUAAGGUAGUAUUUAUAGAAGAAGAGUUUUUGCACACUUUCCGGUUGAACUGUAUUAUAAGAACUCAAAAAAAGCACAAUCUAACAGAAACGAAUAUAUACUAAAUCACAAAGGCACUGCUCCUUGCAAAAUACUGCACUCUGCUGUUAGAUACUUAGGAAAAUAUCUAUUGUCAUCAAGUAUAUGACUUACACCUAGAAGUCAUGGAUGUUAUUACCAAAGAUUGAUGUAUUUCAAAACUGCACAGUAAAAAGGAAAUUAAGAGAUCAAAUCGAAAGGCCUGCAGGAGACUCAUGUUUGCCUUAGCUAGCUAAUUACACACAACAUGAUAGAUCGGCUAUGAUGGUAAACAAAACUGAUCGGGGAAAACCGAUUAGCAAUCAUCACAUUUAAGAAUUCUGUCAUUUUAUCACUCUUUUAUUGUUCACACAUACUGACUUUGGAGUUGAAAAACAAAACUGCAGUUUGCCCUUGUCCGUACUGCUUCCACAGCUGGUUGGUUCCAGUGUUUAAUCCAUGGAAUUUGAGGAUUGGGGACACUAUGGCUCUCAUUCUCUGCGUAGGUGUAAGGGGCCCUUUCUACCUAGGGAUAGCCAAAACAUAGGUUUCAACACAUUUUGUAUUAAAUGUAUUUUCAAAGCCCACAAUACUGAUGCUAUUUUCUAAAUACUUAGAUUCCAUGAAAGAAAAUUCUACUCUUUCAAAUGAGCUAACCAAGAUUAUCAUUGCCCCCAAAGGCAAGCCUUUAAAGUAAAUAGAUCAUUAAAUCAUCACUUGUGGAAAUGAGUUUUAGGAAAGGGAUAGAGUGUUGAACAUGACUUUCAUCCAGAUAUCUAAAGGCAUAAUGGAUUGCAUAAUUAGCUCUAAGCCUCAUACAUUUUGCCUUCUAAAAUUACAUAGAUGAUUAAUGGGAAGACAAAAAAGUGGGCUUUAAAGAAAUCUAGUAAUAAUGAGAACUGAAAAAGAAUAAUUCACUGCUGAUAAUUCCUGCAAAGCAGUGCAAGAGAGCAAUGUGAACUACAGAAGACCCCUCUCCAUUGUUCCUCCACACGUGUGCCUCGCACCUCACCCCAUGCCAACCACGUCCUAGAGCUUCAACCUCCUGCGUGACCCGGAAGUGCAUUCCCAAUCCUAAGCAGCCAUUUUACAAAUAAGUCAGAGUUUAUUGGUCACAAGAGAAGUAACAACCUUAGUGAAAAUUCUAUCACCGUAUGCUCCUCUUUCUACCAGACAUCGACUGAUAAUGACCCUACCUAGCUGCCCCACGACAAUAUUUCCCACUUUAUGUGGGACAAACGGAAAACAACCUCUGCUCUCCAUAGUCAAUUAUGAUCCUUGUCAUAGUGUCGUUUGGGUGGGUAGAGGGAGGUCAGGAGAAGAAAUCCGCAUGGACUUAAUAUUUUUAUAAGUGUCUACCCUCAGAUUACUGCUUAGCAUUAAAGGUUCUGAUUGAAAUCUAAUUAUAUGCUGUGGCUGAUUACAGUGAGUAAAAUAGCAUCACAGGAGAUUCAAUUAAAAUUGUUAUGGAAACACAAUUUUUGAAAUAGCUUAAAAUUCAAGGACAUUUGGAGGUACUAACAAUUUAGAGGUACUCAUAAAAGGUCAGGCUACUUAGGCUAUUUGAAAGAUAUAAUUGUUAUUUUUAUAUUAACAAUGCCAAGAUAUUUUCUCAUGUUCACAUUAUAAAACUUAGGCAAAACUGUCAAUAUUUUUCCUGCAUUGUUUGAAACUGCAUAUGCGGAACUGAAUAUGCCAAUGGCUCUAUGAUCUAGAAAAUAACAGUGCAUUACGUAUUUAGAAAACCAAGCCAUUCUAAGUCUUGAUAGAUAUACAACAUGUAACAUUGUCUCAGUUAACCAAUUAUAGAUAAACAUAAAAAUGUAAAGUUUUCUUGUUAAACAUUUUUAGGCAUUUUGCUGUGUUUGGGGGGUGAGUAUGCAUGUGAUCAGGCUUGCAUUCUAUCUGUUACAAUUAAAAUUCACACAAUCAUUUCUGAGA